AUGUUGAAGUUUGCAGGCAUCACACCGUCGCUACGUCGCUGCGCUUUCCAGCGGCACCAACUGUCGUUGGCGCGCUAUCAGGUGCGGGGCGUGAAGACAUCUACCGUUGAUUGGAAGCCCAUCCACACGAGCAAGACGCCGGAGGACCACGAGCGCGGGGACCACCCAUGGGCCAGGCGGUUCUUUUUGACGCUGAUGUGCGCGAUCCCCGUGGUGUCGUUCUACCUCGGCAUGUGGCAGCUGCGAAGGUUGAAGUGGAAGACCGAGCUAAUUGCGAAGUGCGAGGACCAGCUGACGUACAGGCCGGUCCCGUUGCCGCAAAAGUUCACGCCCGAGAUGUGUGAGCAGUGGGAGUACCGGCGCGUGGUUGUCAAGGGCGCGUUCAGACACGAGGAGGAGAUAUUUGUGGGCCCACGCGUGCGCAACGGCGUCAAGGGCUACCUGCUGUUCACGCCUUUCAUCCGCAAAGACACAGGCGAGCGGUUGCUCAUAGAGCGGGGCUGGGUCAGCGAGGACCGCGUGCUGCCCACCCAGCGCGGCCUCCAGCACCUUUCGGUACCACGAGGCGACAACGUGGAGGUGGUGUGCCUCGUGCGCAAGGCGCUGCCCAAGGGCCGCUUCCAGUGGGAUAAAACCGACGAGGAGAGCCGAGUAUGGCAAGUGGCCGAUAUCCCCGCCAUGGCCGCUGCCACCGGCACGCUGCCUGUGCACCUGCAGGCGAUCGAGGACUUCCACAAUCACCAUUGGCCGGUUGCGGAUAGCGACGCGGCAGCCGCACAAUCCAAUGGCGUCCGCGGAACGAGCUGGUGGAAGUUCUGGAACACGAAUAGUGGCAGCACAGUCUCAGAGAAGGAAGGGAAUGCUAUUCCUGCUUCCACGCCUGUGCAGUCGAGGCAGUCAGAUGCCAUUGAAUACAGCGAGUUUCAGUUUAUGCGCGAGGGCGUUCCUGUUGGCAAGGUGCCAGCAGUCGAAUUGCGGAAUACCCACACCCAGUACAUGCUGACCUGGUUUGGGCUUUCCUUUUUUAGCACCUUGCUUCUCUGUUUCGCUAUCAGAGGUUCCAGAGGCAGCGCUGUUUCACAGAGCCAACUGAAGCGCUCCAAGCUAAAGCAUGCAAGGAAGAACACAUAA